AUAACCAAAGACCUACAUACAAACACCCGCGAAAACCUCAGAAAUAUAUAUAUAUAUAUAUAUAAAAUUUAGUUUCUUCUAGUGUGGGUAGCACUGAAUUUAGUGAACUUACCUCUCUAGAAGCCUGGUUCUUUUUAAGGACUACAGCCUUAAUAUUUUCAUAUUUUGAUACUCCUCCCUCCCAAUUUCCUUGUUUUCUCUGCUUUAGGCUAACUUAAUGCUACAAAUAGGAUGCACACUUCCAGGUUCAAUCCAGUUUGUUUAUUAAAAAGUCCCAAAAUACAGGAAGCACUGUAUCUGAUUUUUAAUAGAGAAAAUAUACCCACUGACUCAUACAAAUCAAUGUGAAAAAAAUGCAAUAGGAUAAAAUUAAUUCUAUUUUGGCACCAAUCCUUUAUGUAUUUACCUUAGAGUAAAUCACCAAUGAAUUGGAUCUAGAUUCAUUCAUGCAUAGAAUAAAAUCAUUGGAAUCAAUCCUUAUUAUCAUGAGUAACACAAGUUCCAUUAAUGGGAGCUAUUUCUGAUAAAUUAUGCCAAGAUUUGUGCAUCUGUUUUGCAUCUAAUGAAAUAAAACAAGGAGUGCAGUGUUUACACAUAUGCUGUUCUCUCUGUGAUGACUUAGUUCUUCACAUUCUGAUACACUGAACAAUUUUGUUGCUGGUUCAUUUUGUAAUUUGUUUCUCCAUGAGCCAAGUACCAUGUAUGAUAAAUGCCACUGCCAUAGACCAAUAAAUUUAAUAUGAGAAUCCCGAAUGUCAGAAUUAUAUCUGUACUACAAUAACAGCGUGAACUUUUUUCAGCAGCUCCUGGAAAAUAGUUACAGUUUUAUUGAUCUGAACUUUCUGUGAAUUCAAAUUCUCAACAUUAUUUACAGAUAGGUGCAACAUUAUCUCAAUAGUUUGUCUCAAGCAGUAAAUCUAUAACCCCACAUCCAGCAGCUACAUCUAGUGGGGCCAAUGGCGAGGGUCCCUGGCUGUUGUAUGCUGUACUUAAUAAGUACAGGCUUACUUCAGGUAUCUAAUUAUACAUGUAAAAACGUUCCAUUUUUAGUCACCCUUAUCUAUGCUGGAACACAAGUAAACAUGUAUAUGCAUGCUGUUGGAAAGUCAGAUCCUAUCUCUACUUGUAGAUUAUUCUUACUCACACAACCCGAUCACAAUUCUUGUCUUUCUGUCUAGGAUUUUAGAAGACUGGUGGUACAGCGCAGGGUAUUUCUGCUGCAGGGAAAGACCCCUCACACCACUUAAAUUUACACACGUUGAGAAGAACUUUCCGAAGUUCUUUUUAAAUAACUGGAUACGAACAGUAAUAAUCUUUUCUAUCACAUUCGAUCGCUUUGGUGGAACAGCCAAUGCCAUUAUUCUAUUAUAACAAAACAGUAUAAGAAAACCAUCGGAGGUACCGGACUUUACAACAGGGAGUAAGAGUGGCUCUUUACACCUCAACUUCUACGUCCAGCUCUGGCGACCUCUAUUAAGACUAGAAGCUUAUCCCAAACACCGCCCCCCAGAGAACCGACCUGGACCAAUAGCAACGUCCUGCGCAUAUAAGGGCCUCGCCUACUUACCCCGGCGAAGAGACCACUAGGAGGCGGUGAGCGUUUGUAUCAUUCGCGAAGACGCGUUUGGCAAAAGCAGCUGCACUGAUGGCUACGGUGAAAGAGAAGGCGGCAGCUUUGAAUCUCUGCGCGGUGUACAGCCCCGCCAAUAGACCCCCAGGCUUCAGCUUGGCACAGAAACCAUUUGGACCCACUUAUGUUUGGAGCAGCAUUAUCCACGCACUUCAGACCCAAGUUGAAGUGAAAAAACGACGUCAGAAUCUGAAAUGUUAUAAUGACUGUUUUAUUGGCUCCGACGCAGUGGAUGUUGUCUACGCCCAUCUUCUCCAAAACAAAUAUUUUGGUGACACAGAUAUUAAUCGGAGUAAAGUUGUACGCGUAUGCCAGGCUUUGAUGGACUACAAGGUGUUUGAGGCUAUUCCCACCAAGGUCUUUGGAAAAGACAAACGAUCUGUGUUUGAGGAUAGCAGCUGCAGCCUCUACAGAUUCUCAAAUACAAGGAAUCAAGUGGACAGUCUUUGCAGAAGACAGCAUGGGUAUUUUAUACAGCAAAGUCCGGAAAAAAGAUUAUUACUUGGUACAUCAUCAGUGAGAUCAGAAAGUUUAGAGAAUCUCUUGGAAAACCUGAGUCUAAAACCUGUUAAUUCUCCUCAAGUAAAUCCUUCCUCACAUUUGUCUCGUCAAGUCAUUAAUGAAGUCUGGGGAGAGCAAACUAUUGCCCGUCUCCUGCAGCUAAUAGAUCUUCCAUUGCUUGAUUCUUUACUUAAAUACCACAAGAUUGGAUCCCAAUUUCCACAAACAAAGAAGGAACCUGAACGUAGCAUCACAAACAACUAUCUUGACCGAGAAAUUCUGAAAGCUUUUGGUGAUGCUCAGGCAGAUGAAUGGCUUUCAGCAGCAAUUGACUGUUUGGAAUAUCUCCCAGAUGCCAUGGUGGUUGAAGUAAGCCGCAAUUUACCUGAUCGGCCUGACAAAGUGCAUGUGGGGAAACUGUUGUUGUUUGAUACUAUUGGAAGGUAUUACAGCCAAAAAAAGGAACCAUUGCUAAACCAUGUGCCUGAAAUCCACCUGGGAAUUGCUGAGUUGCUAGUUAAUGGAAAAACUGAUCAGGCUUUGGAAGCCAUUCAGCUCUAUUUAAAAUUAUUGGAUAGCCCUGCAAGAGAGGAAUUCAGAAAACUGCUUUAUUUCAUGGCCGUGAUAGCUCAGAAUUCUGAACUUAAGCUACAAAGUGAGAGUGAAAACAGGAUGGUUGUGAAAAGAAUGUUCUCCAAAGCCAUAAUCAACAAUAAAACAUUAUCUAAAGGAAAAACAGAUCUUUUGAUUUUAUUUCUAGUGGACUAUCAGAAAGACGUUUUAAAGAUUUCAGGGACGCUACAUAAAAUGGUCAGCGAUAAGCUUCUGGCUAUACAAAGAGGCACAGAUUCCAGCCUGAAUAUGGGAUAUACUUUUUGCCAGAGGCUUGAUGAAUGUGAGUAUCAUUUCAGUGCCAAAAAAACUACAAAAGAGGAAUUGGUGUCUCUACUAAAAACUAUUGAUGAAGACUCCAGUCUCUCCACCAAGGAACGCAAGAAGUUGCUAGAUCAGUUCUAUACUAGUAAUCCAACUAUCUUUUUGCAGUAUUUUGCUGAGAGAGAUGUUCCUGUGUGUAAUGGUAGACUUGACUUCUAAAAAUCUGUACUUUGUAUCUUUAUAAAAUUGUUUUAUAUUGUACUUAAAGGUGUUAUGUAAAUAGGAGUGGACUCCACCUGUAAUACCACUAUUUAAAAACAAUAAAACCUAUUGAUUCAUAUUCUAAAUAGUG